AUGACUUUGGACGAACACACUGAACAUGCGCCCUUUGUGUCUUCACCUCCAGAACCUUCCACUGUCAGAAUGCGAGCGGACAACACCUGGAUUAUGGAUGAUGCCACACGCAACAGAUUCUUGAAGAAAUACAAAACCCAGGUGGCGUCGGCGACCUCGACAAUCUGCGCGACUCUGUCUGUGGUUGACAUUGCACUUGAAUUCUACGCAAUCGACGGGUCUAAUAUUCAAAAUACAGGAGCUCUCCCUCCUCUGGCAAGUGUGACCGCGGUCCGUGUCGUGAAUUUCUCCACGUACAACGUCGCCAAACACCGCAUCUCCGAGUUUGUCGAGAGAAUUACUGGCGAGUCUCCUCUGGCAACCUACAACACGCCAGGCAGCAGUCCCACUGUGUCCACUCUUUUCACCUUCACUACCGCGGGCUUCAUUGCAGGCCUGAUCACCUCUCCGCUCGCAUGUCCCUUCGAACUGGCCAAGAACGUUGUGCAGACAUCCGUCUUGGUCGCUCACCGUUCCCAGGCGUCUCCCGAUGCGGUGCGGGACCCAUCUCUGCGCACCAGACCACGCCUCGGCACCAUCGAGGCGAUCAGGCAGAUUGUUCGCCGGUAUGGGUUUCGCGGCCUGUACACGGGUUUCCAUCUCCAUGCGAUGCGCGACACAAUUGGAUCCGGCUUGUAUUUUAGCGUCUAUGAAACUGUCAAGCAGCUGGCGGCAAAGGAAUUGGGGCCGGACAAGUCUCCUUUUGGAGGUCCGAUGAUUGCCGGUGCCAUCUGUAGCACCGUGCCUUGGUUUUGCACCUAUCCACUUGAUACUCGCAAGACCCGAGCCCAGAGCGUGCUACUUGGCAAGUCCAAGGAGGUGGGCGAAGCAUCAGCGGCCGUCUCCAAGUCGAGUAUGUAUAAAGGUCUAUCGGUCAUUCUUAUUCGUACAGGAGUCAACAAUAUGAUUCUCCUGAGUAUGUUCGAGUACAUUAAGAUGCGGAUCAACCAGUUGGAGGGCUAG